AUGCCUGAGUUUUACGUUUCCGCCCCAGGAAAGGUCAUUCUCUUUGGAGAGCACUCCGCUGUCUACGGCAAGCCAGCAAUUGCAGCUGCUCUCUCUCUCAGAGCUUAUCUUUUGGUCAAACCUAACGUAAACACUGAUGAGAUCGUCCUUGAAUUCCCAGAUAUUGAUUUGAAACAAAAGUGGAAGGUACAAGAUAUCCCAUGGGAAUCUCUAGCGCAAUAUAUUAGGCACAAUAACGAUGCUCCUGCCACGUCAGAUGAGUUGGUUCCUGAAAUAAUGGACCUUUUGAGUGAUCUUCUUACAGACUGCAACCUGUCCCUCCAUUACAUUGCCUGUAGGUGCUUUCUUUAUUUGUACAGCAACUUGUGUUCGGAGAACGUUGCCGGCCACCACUUUUGCAUACGUUCAACCUUGCCAAUUGGCGCUGGACUCGGAUCAUCAGCCUCCACCGCUGUAUGUUUGGCAGCUGCUUUGAGUGCCUUGGGCGGUCAUAUCAAGGCACCAGUCCAUAAAGCUGAUGAUAAGGUGACGCUCAAGGAUAUGAAGGAAUCUGACUUCAUUGAUGCAUGGUCCUUGAUGGGUGAAAAAUGUUUCCACGGCAACCCCUCAGGAAUCGAUAAUGCUGUUGCAACUCAUGGUGGUGCCGUUUUGUAUCAGCGUAUGACAGGUCCCGGCAACCCAUCCGUGCGUACCAACAUCCGUAACUUUUCUGCGAUAAAGCUUCUUCUUUGCAACUCGAAGGUUCCAAGAAGCACUGCAGAGCUUGUGGCUUCAGUCGCUACCCAAAAUAGAAAAUUCCCUAAAGUGAGUAACGCUAUGCUUGACGCAAUGGAUCAUCUUGUUACAGAUGCUUACCUGAUUAUGUCUACUCCAUUCCUGGAUCGUUCGGCGCUUCUAGAGCUCGUCAACAUCAACCAUGGUCUACUUGUUGCUCUUGGUGUAUCCCAUCCAAGCUUGGAGUCAAUCAAACUCAUAUCGGACACACAAAAGCUCGGUGCCACAAAGUUGACUGGUGCUGGAGGCGGUGGCUGUACAAUUACUCUCUUGCGAGAUGACAUUUCAGACGAAGAGUUAAACAAUGCCAAACUUGAGCUUGAAAAUCGAGGGUUCGAGACAUUCAGUACCAUGCUUGGUGGAAAAGGUGUCGGUAUGUUACUGGCCCAAGACUUGUCAGCAGAUCAAAGGGAGUCCAAGUUUUCGUUUGAAUCAUUUGCGGCAUUACCAAAUAGAGAAGAGAUUGAACUGUCCAUUGGCGCUUCAAUUCUCGAGCAAUGGAGAUACUGGUGA